UCCCAAAAGAAGAGCCAGGCAGGCCCUUCACGACGCUCCGCCGCCGCUGCCACCCCCACCACACCCCUCACCCCCCACCACCACCCUGGCCGGCCUCACCAACCCACACUGUUCUCUCAUUGCAGGGCUGUGGCGGGCAGCAGCGGGCGCGUUGGCGUGGGCGUGCAACUGAAGACGCAACAUCCACCACCGCCGCCGCCGCCGCCGCCGUCGCCAGGGGUCGCAGGCCGCGGCAGGGUGUGCAGCAGGACUGUCAUCACCACACGCCGCUAUGGUGGGCCGGCGGCCUGCAGCAGGCCAGACGGCGGCGCCAAGGGGCGUGCCCGGGGCAGGCGAGGCGGCGCGGCAGUGAGCGACGGGCGGUGCCCUGAGAUGGGCGGAGCGGGGGGGCGGGGGCUGCUGGCCCGCCUGGGGCCGCUGAUGGCGGUAGCGGCGCUGGCCUGUGCCGCCACCGACGCCGCCCUCACGCAGAAGCGGCGCAAGACGGCGCUCAUCGAGGGGGACAUCCUGAUAGGCGCGCUGUUCAGCGUGCACGAGUUCCCCAAGCAGAAGACCGCCUCCACCCUCACCUGCGGCAAGAUCCGUGAGCAGUACGGCAUCCAGCGCGUCGAGGCGGCCUUCCUGGCCAUCGACCUGAUCAACAACGACACGGAGCUGCUGCCGGACAUACGCCUCGGGGUGGAGAUACGCGACUCCUGCUGGUACUCGUCCAUCGCGCUGGAGCAGAGUCUGGAGUUCAUCCGCGACGCGCUCUCCCCCCCCGGCGACAGCACCAACACCUCGGCGCGGGCGGACUCCUGCAAGAUGGCAAACCCCAAGAAGCAGAUGGUGGGCGUGGUGGGGCCCGGCUCCUCCGACGUGACGAUACAGGUCCAGAACCUCCUGCAGCUGUUCAGCAUCCCGCAGGUGGGUUACUCGGCAACCUCGCGGGACCUGAGCGACAAGGAACGCUUCUCCUACUUCCUGCGCGUCGUGCCCUCAGACUACUAUCAGGCGCAGGUCCUCAUCGAUAUCGUGCGCUACUACAACUGGACCUACGUCUCCACGGUGCACACGGACGGUAACUACGGGCACAGUGGCAUGAAGGCCUUCCAGAUAAUGGCCGAGAACCACAACGUGUGCAUCGCCAAGGAGGACUCGGUGAGGAGCAACGCCGAGGACGAGGCCUUCGACGACGUGAUCAAGAAGCUUCAAGAGGAUUCGCGGGCCAACGUGGUGGUCUGCUUCUGUGAGGGCAAGACCAUCACAAAUCUACUGAAGGCGGCGCAGCGGAACAACGUGACAUCCAGGUUCCAGUUCAUUGGCAGCGACGGGUGGGCUGACCGCUCGGACGUGGUUCCCGCCGGGCUGGAGGCCGCGGCGGUGGGCGGGCUGUCCAUCAAGAUACAGAGUUCCACUGUGAAGGAGUUCGACGAGUACUACUUCGCCCUGCACCCCGACACCAACAGCCGCAACCCGUGGUUCAGGGAGUUCUGGCAGCACAGGUUCAACUGCUCCCUGCCCGGCGAGACUGACCGAGAUGGAGAAGAAGCAGCCUUCCCGCCCUGCUCGAGUAUGUAUCUGGAGUUGUGUUACGUUUGGGUUACGUUAGAUUUGUUUGGGCUAGAUUAUAGUGGCACUCGACUCCUUCAGCCGCCUGAUGAACACGUUUUCAGAACAGUGGCCUCAGGUUAUUCAAGUUGGUCUAAUCUCUCACGGCGAGGCGAGGCCCUUACCUUACCUCGGGGCGCGGUCACUGGGGGCGGCAAGGGGAGGCUAAUUACUUCAACGGGGGGGCAGGCCUGUUCUGACACACACACACACACACACACACACACACACACACACACACACACACACACACACACACCGCUCCGAUAGCUAAAUGGAUGAAGC